GUUGUGAACCUCAUCAAUUACAAUCUUCACGCGCAACUAGUUGAGAGAUCUGGUCUUGAACAAUUAUACAUCAAAAUUCUGGAUAGCAUCAAAGUCGGAAUGACUGUUAACAUGCAUCCGGAGUCGAUUCAUUGGAGCCCUUCAAAGUUACUCUCAAAGACCAAAAGUAUCAUCGCAUCAAUCGAUACGGAUCUUGAGUCUUGGUAUGGAGUAUCCUCUGGUGGCUCCCAGUCAAGAUCUACAUCUGGCUCUAGCAACAAUGAGGAAGAUGACGACAGCUGGGUAAACUUCAGUAUGUCAUCGAAAGCUCAAAACAAUUUUGGAACAUCUCAAAUGGACGAGGGGUCGAGAGUGACGACAAUACCGACUGAUAACGACAUCCGGCGUCAAAGGCGCAUUCGACGCCUGCCUUUCACAACGAGUCACCAACGAUUGAAGAAGUCACAUCAUGUAGAGAUGUGUUUGGUGGGUAUCUCCGAGAAGCUCUACUGGGCGCUAGUCAAUCAAUCCGCAUGUUGUGCCAGGAAACACGUCGCCCGCAUCUGCCUCGAUGGUUUUCCACUACAUGAAAACAAACCCAACCCCUCUGACGCUCGUCACUUGAGUUUGUUCCUUUCUUACCAAAUUGGUAACGGAUCGUCCAGUUGGCAUGUAGCUCAAUGCCUGUUGCAAAGACUGAAUCUCGUUAGCGACAAAAGUGUCAGCCGCAUCUCCAGUUACGAGCCAGAUCUAUGCUCCCUUCUGGCAAGCUGUGCAAGCUAUAGAGAAGGCUUAAGCAUGACUCUUUACCAAUUAUCUGACAACACUCCCGUCUUAAGCGGCACCCGGAACGAAGAUCGGCGAACGACCCAGCCAGCGAUCGCACUCGGACACUUGAUCGAUCGGAAAAUUUUCUCUCGGUAUUAUGGUGCCCAGAUUCUCCCAGUGAACAGAGCAACAAUGUGUUUGAAUCUUUCUUUGGCUCUCAUGCAUUUGUCGAGCGAGACUUGGCUCGGACACAGGUGGUCGGUCGACAACAUCUAUUUCCUCCAUGACCCCCUUGAUUCACCAAACGCUAUUCAGCAGCUUGAUCAUCCUUAUCUUUCUAGAUCUAUUACUGGGAAUGAGUUCGGUUCUGGGAAUCAGCAAACUCAGGCAGGUCUGAACAACGAAAGAGCAAACGUUUUAUCCUUCCUCCAGGUCGUGAUGGAAAUCAUGGGAGGCGAGAGAGUUCGAUUGGAAGCUCAUGCAGACGAUUUUGAUUUGCUAUAUGAACUGAGGAGAACUAAAGACGAAGUCUGUCGAUGGUACCCUGAGCCUUUAGAAGAUGUCAUUUUGUCCUGUCUUGCAUUCUGUAGGUCAGCAGACCCAGGUCUAGAUCCUAUUCUUCAUAGAACCUGGAUAUGGAGGGAAAUUGUGCAACCAUUCGAGGAACUUGCAAACAGCUUCAAGAGGAUACCGUAUCAAAAAGUCGAAUGGAACUCAGAGAGCUGCCAAAAUACGAUCCCUCUGCUUUCGAAGAAGGCAGAGUUUCGAUUGAUUGAGUCAGAAAAACGACUUCACGCUCAGUCCACGAGUCUUGAACAUGCGGAAAAUCGAGGUGAAACAUUCGACAGCACGCGAAUCGCGUCGGUAAAUACCUGGUUCUCACGAUUGGAAAAAGUCAACGAUGUGCUUGAAAUUAGUACCCAGACUCAAAGUCAGAAGACUCGAAUUGCGGUUAUUGAUACUGGAAUUGACAAUGACGAUUCCAAUGCUGAAGAAGUUCUCGGUUACAAAGACUUUAUCGAUGGCGACGAUGGGAUGAAAAUGGACGACACAGGUCACGGCACAGCAAUUGUAGAUUUGAUUUACAGAGUCUAUGAACCCGCAGAGAUAUUUGUGGCAAGAGUAUUAUCGACUCCGGAGAGGAAUGAGACAAUCAAAGCCGAUUGUCUAGUGGCCCGAGCAAUCGACUGGGCAUUGCAGAUGAAGGUUGACAUCAUCUGCAUUGCCAUGGGUUUCCAAAGCGUGCAAGGAUUUGAGCUGCAAGAAGCUAUCGCCAAGGCAUCAAAGCAGGGGAAAUUGGUCUUCGCAGCUGCCGCAAACGAAAGCCACGCUGACGAUAUAGCUUACCCGGCUCGAUACAGUCCAGAUGUGUUCUGCAUGUUCUCCACUGACGCAGGUCUCAAGAACUCCAGAUCUAUCAACCCAAGAAAACUAGAAAAGAGCCGCAACUUUGCUAUUCUAGGAGAGGAUAUUAAACUAGCUAGCGGCAAGCUUGGCAAAGGCACAUCCUUCUCCACAGCCAUUGCAUCCGGCUUUGCGGCGAGUCUGCUAGAUUUCUCACGGCAGUCAGAUCGCGUCGAAUAUUCGUCAACAUUCCAGUUCCUUUCAAGGCAAUGGGGAAUGAGGAAAGUCUUCUCUGAGAUUUCCAUUGACGAUCUCGGUUUCGAUUGUAUAUGCCCAUGGUAUCUUAUAUCAUCACCGGAGCUCAGGCAACGAGUAGUACGCCGGGACGAUUUGGAGGACCUAAGAGAUAAGCAGGCAAUCAGAGAUUCAAUCCACAGGGAUUUGUUCACAUGGUUACGGUAA